UGGUCGGUCAGUUCCUUUCGUCGGAAAAGAGCUGUGCUGUACAGUUAAUGGAUCGGAUUCGGUGUCUUGGGAGUGGUUUGUGCUGUUCUGCGUGUUGAUAUGAAUCAUACAGGGGGUUGGAGUUGCCCAAUCGAGUUGUGACGAGUUUUGUUUUGUGUCGUUUUUACUUCGAUCUUGGGUCAGUCCGUUGCUGUUCGGGUUUGUAGUUGCGGACAGCGGAGAGGCUUCGCGUAGAGGGUCUUCUCUGCUGGUGCGCGACGCUUACAAACUUGCUUUGUUUUGGAAACUUAUGUAGCGUGUCGCAUUUUCAAUUUGGUCUUUCUCGACUUGUGGGUUCAGUCUUGUGAUUGUGACUGAGAUGGUUGGCGGUUUUCUCUGAGUCUUCAGGGUGAUUUAGAGAACGAAAACAAGGACUCAUGGCGGACGAAAGAGAUCGAGAAGUUGCCGAGCUGGAGGAAAAUGUUAGAGAAGUGACGAUUAAUGACAGAGGGUCGAGGGGGGAAGAGAAUGAAGACAAAGAGGGUGGUGGUGGAGUAAAGGGGUUCUUCAAGGGUGUUGCCGAAGCCGUCGGGGGAAUUUUCAGCUGGGGUGCGCCCGAUGCCGACAUCACGGGGUUUACCCUUCCAGUCAUCAACACUAAACGCGCUGAAGUCAUCAUCGACGUUCUCAUCACCAAUCCUAACCCCAUUCCCAUUCCUCUCGUAGACAUGAUCUAUGAAAUCUCAAGUGAUGAUCGCAAGCUAUGUUCCGGUACGAUCCCAGAUGCUGGUACAAUUCGUGCUCAUGGCUCGGAGACCAUCAAGAUCCCUCUUGUUUUGAUCUACCGAGACAUCGUCGACACCUUUGACGACAUCGAACCCGGUCAAGUGAUCCCCUAUCUUGCUAAGGUCACGCUGUUGGUCGAUGUUCCGGUCAUUGGAAGGAUUACUAUCCCAUUGGAGAAGAGGGGAGAGAUUCCCAUUCCUCACAAGCCAGAUGUGGACUUGGACAGUAUUGACUGGGAUCAUCUGUCUCUCGAAAGUACUUCCGCUACUUUGCACUUGAGCCUCAAGAACAUGAACAAAUUCGACAUUGGGAUCAAGUCAUUCGAAUAUGAUCUGCAGCUCGGAGAUGUAUCUAUUGGAAACGCGAGCCUUGGGGAGGCAGUUUCAGUGAAAGGUGAAGAUGUUGGGUCCCUAGAGGUGCCUAUUACCUUCCGACCCAAAGACUUCGGCGGUGCUCUAUGGGAUAUCAUUAGAGGAAGGGGCACAGGUUACACUAUGGUAGGAGCUGUUGAGGUUGACACUCCAUUUGGGCCCAUGCAUUUGCCGUUUAGCAAAACUAGCGAGACGACAUUGAAGGGUAAAGCUGACGACGAGUAGAUAACAAGUGGUUUCUCAAGCUUUCCUCGAAUUCCAUGUCUGGAUGUUAACGAUCCAGGGAGCGACAUCACCUCCUCCACUACACGCUUAUCUUGAGCCGAAGAUUGAUUUUUUUGGUCAUGUUUUGGUGAUGGAUUUAGGGGAUGAAAGGCCAAUGAGCUUAGAGGUUUCAGGAGUCUCCUAGGAGGCGGUGGCAGUCAGCUUGAUCCACCAGAUGCACCAUAGCCAUUGUCAUAAGCUUGUGUCGCCUAGCAAGUAAAUCUUAUGUAACAUCUGUUUCUUUCAUCUGUAUCUAUGUAACAUUGUCCUUCACUCCUCCAUGACACAAAGCUGGACACUAUUGUAAGGUACCUCAUGAGUAAUGAGUCAUGGCUUGGCGAA